GUUACAUUCGGAUAUACAGUUAGCAGCAUUUGAAAGGACGCGUCGGAUGUGUAUCGGAGAGGCUUCUGCGGUCGUCGAAAAAUUACGUAAAUUUCGUGUCGCGAGUUGGUAAAUUUUUUUUUGAAAAAUAAAACCAAAAAAAAAAUUCGAUCGAGAUAGCGAUGAAUAUUUUAAAUCACGAGUCAUCGUUUAAAUCGUACGAAAAUCGAUUCGAUAUUUUUUACGAUUUUUCGACGAAAUGAAAAGUGUUAGUGUAAAGUGGAGUGUGAAUUAGAGCCAUGAUUUGGCCAGUGAUUUUGGUUGUGCUGCAAAAUUUGGUUCCUUCGAGUUAUGGACAUUUUAGCGUUUAUCUUAGUCAAUCGGAAGUUAAAAAAUUAUUGGGUACGACAUCGGAGCUAUACUACGUUCGAGAUGGGGUAGUCAACACGUACGCUAUGAACUUCGAUGUGCCAGUUUCGGCGAACAUUACGCAAUUGGAAUUCUCUUGGUAUUCGUUAAUACGACACCCGUUACCAUAUUCUUGGACAGUUGAAUACAAUAAUAGACAAGCCAUGAAGAAGCCAACGUUUAACAUAUCCACUCAAGGCUUCUUACCAACUAAGGCGUCUACAUUUCACGUGAAACUAGAAUGCACCGGAGAUGUGAGCGCCGAAGUCCGGGUGCUUUUGAAUUUGAACGUUAGCGCCGUCAGUCAUCGACAUAACGAUACUUUUCUCGUAUUUCGUCGAAAUAAAAUUUGUUUGAAGAGGACAGACACGCAAAUAGAAAGCAACGACAUUCCGAGCAGCACCGAUAGACGGAAACCUUUUAAUGGUAUCGGAACAUUAAACAACAUUAAUGGAAGCGAACCGGCGAACGAAAUAAUUGCCAAUAAUAAUGGAACAUCGGGUCGUGUUAGCGUCGAAACAAUACCGGAAAAAUCUGAUAAUUUAACGUUUUACAUAAUGUUGGGAUGUUUUUGCGGAUUGGUUGCCAUCAUCUCCAUCUUCAUCUUCAAUUCUUCAUUCGUGCAUUCGUAUUUGGGAUUGAGUAAAUUCAGAUUAUCGCGCGAUUCUGUGCAGACCAGUUACACGAGCGCAGCUUACGCACCGAAUCCCAGCGUAUUUGUACGAUUGGCUUCGACAAAAAAUGGCAGCUACGCUACUAUCUCGAGUCUGCACAAGUACUCGAGUUACGUUUCGCCUUAUGCAACAUCUUACAUAGCUCCUGAAAGCGUGUAUCGAGACAGUCCUCAUUCUCAACGCGAAGAGCACAUCUACUCGAAUCCGGAAACAUCGUCGAAAAUCUCGUACUACGCUUCUUUUCAACUAAUUAACAACCCCGUUAAGCCCAUACUAGAAGAUCCGAGACAACAAGAUGUCAACGAAAGAUUACUGCAGUUAAACGUUAACCGUAAUUCCGUAAUAAUCCAACGAUUAGUUCAAGAAGGGGCUUUCGGCAGAAUCUACCGUGGAUUAUUAAAGCAAUUUCAUAACGGCGAUAAAUUACAAAACGUAUUAAUCAAGACUGUAUCUGAUGAAGCAUCGGAUCAACAAAUAUCAACAUUCCUUUCCGAAGGAUUGAUGAUGUUCGAUUUAAAACACGUUAAUAUAUUGUCGGUAAUUGCCACAAACACAGAUUUAUAUUAUCCACCCAUGUUAAUAUAUCCGGCCACUAGUAUAGGGAAUUUAAAAAAGUAUCUUCAAAACUGUAGAGUUCGAGACGGUGGACAAUAUUCGUUACACACACAAGAUAUCAUCAACAUGGCGAUACAAGUGGCGGUAGCCGGCGUGUUCCUGCAUACUAAUGGCUUUUAUCACAAAGACCUGGCAGCGAGAAAUUGCGUGGUGGACGACGGGCUUCGAGUCAAAGUAACCGAUAGCGCCCUCUCGCGAGAUUUGUUUCCCAACGAUUAUCACUGCCUUGGGGAUAAUGAAAACAGGCCGAUUAAAUGGCUCGCCAUGGAGAGUCUUAUUAAAAGAGAGUAUACCGGUGCUUCGGAUGUGUGGUCAUAUGGCGUAUUAAUCUGGGAGCUGAUGUCAUUAGGACAACAACCGUACGAAGAAAUAGAUCCGUACGAGAUGGAAGUAUACCUUCGUAAUGGAUUCCGUCUAUCUCAGCCGAAGAACUGUCCAGAUGAUUUAUUUGGCAUGAUGACCUGUUGUUGGCUGGGAGAUCCCGAAGAGAGACCUACCUUCGUGCAAUUAUUAGCCUGCUUGCAGGAUUUCCAAACUGCCUUAACGAGAUUCAUUUAGAAAAUUCUCGUAUCCUAAGUGUAUCUACUCUUCGUGUAACUUUUUUUCGUUUCGUUUUUGUAUUACCAUUGAUUAUAAUAUGUAUGUAUGAUGUUAUACGUGUGUAAUUUUUAUUGUCUAUUUUUACGUAUUUUUUUCUCCCCGAUGUUUAAUAUUAUACCUGAGUAUACAUAAGCGCCGACUGACUGUUACAUCGAAAAUUCGAUCGUUACCUGAAUGCCAUAUUAUCGUAUGUACAUACUCAUACAUGUACGUACAUAUAACUAAGUACACUAUAAUUCCGCCAGUGAAAAAAUAUAAUAAUCGCGUCGUCUCGUUACUUUUUUUUUCGCGCGACUAUACAAAUAAUAAUGUAUUUCUAGUCAUUAUUUUGAAAAUAUACGCGCGAUAUACGACAUAAAUUUGUAUAAUGGCCGAUGUUAUUGUAAUAUCGAUGUACGAAAAUAAGUAUCUUCGUAAAAAUGUAUGUAAGAUUUUUUUAAACGCGUCUAGGAUGACGUCGAGUCGUCUUUGUCGUUGUGUUUGUUUUUUUUUUUUUGAUUUUGGUGUUUUUCUUUCUCUUUUUUUUCUGUUUACGUUUUAAAUAAAGUUUUUGCAUUUUUU